AUGCGGCCUCUCCUGAGUCUUGGUUUUCUACUCUUGCCAAGAGACCCGGUACUGCCAGGUGCUGACUGUAGCCAAGGGUUUCUGGUCCCUCUGCCGCCUACAGCUGUGGGCGCAACCCGGGGCUGUCGCGGGCCGCCCGGACCCGAGAUGCUGCUGCACUGGGUACCAGGCAUGGGAGGAGGCAUGGAGACCGAGCGGCAGCAGAGGGGGCGGAGCCCGGGUGUCCCCUACCUAGUGCUGGUGGACAGGGCACAGAGGGAGGCCGGGGCCAAUGGGACUUCGGUUCAGAAAAAGUGCUACAGCUGUCCGGUGUGCGUUAGGGUCUUCCAGUACAUGUCUUACCUUCAGGGACACAGCAUCACCUACUCCGAGGUGACGCCCUUCAAAUGCGACACCUGCGGGAAGGCAUUCAAGCGGGCCAGUCACCUUGAGCGGCACCACUCCAUUCAUAGGGGGUGCCCUCCCCGCUUCCGGGAUGAGGGUGAGUUGGCCCAGCACAUCCGUGGACGCCCAUUCCAGUGCCUGCAUUGCCCGUGCUGCUUUACCGAGCAGAACACACCACAGAAGUACACUCGGUGGAAGCAUCCAUGAACUGUUCCUGGGGACCCCAGGGAUCCUGGGUCUCCUGAAUCAGACACUGGCCUGAGUUGCAGGCUGGCUUUCAGGGUCCUGGACACAAACCCUCUUUGACGUGAGCCUUGCCUGGAAGAGUCUCUGAGCUGUUAGUGCAUCAUGGUGCUGUGGAGCUAUGAUGGGAAUGAGCCCUCAAAGAGGCCAGCCCUGCAUCUUGAACACUUGGGAUAUUAUUCUGGAGUCCUGACCGGAGGGAUGGAGGACAAUGCUGUUUGGGAAAACUCUUACCUCAGAAGUUUUGGUGGGCUGUCAAAAGUCUCCUCUGUUUUGACAUUGGAGGUAGGGCCCUAGACUAGACACCCA